AGCAAACUUGGUCAUGUAAACCACCUCCAAGAUGGCGGGAGGUUUGCGUUCGUAUUUUUAAAUUCAAUAAGACCGCUGUUUCUUCAUUUGAUUACACAAAAUGAUCAAAGGAACGCAAGCUGUGAAGGGAGAGCUCAGUUUUUUGGGGGAACAAUUUUCCGAUGCUCUCCGUUCUGAUCAGGUGAGUUCACGUUCAGUCCUUAUCCGCUGUCUGCUGCUCCGACACGGUCUCAUGCCCUCGUGCCUUACGUUCUUACGGAGAAAAAAUCCUAUAAGCCUACUUGCUUGUGUUUCAGUUAGAUCCUAAAGAAACUGCAAACAGUUUCUAAACUGAAUAUAAUGAAUUCAUCUCUGCUCUGAAGUAGGUUUUCAAAUUGUUCUUUCGGUAGUAUAUCCAGCUGAUUCACCAUAUGCUUGCAUAAAUUUAAAAUUAAGAAACUCAGAGUUGAUUCACUUCAGCUUUUUUCCCCUCGUCUUCUUUCUUCACUUUCCCCAACUGAUAAAAAAAACAGUGACUUCCCUUAGUUAUCGUUGUAUUAGGAAAUAUUUCAUGGAGGAUAUAGGGACUAAGGACGCAACAGUCGCAACUGCAUUCUUCUACAUUUAGCGGUUAGUGAACAUCAGCAGCGACUUUCCUGGGCCUAGGUUUUCGAAGGCCGAUUAGCGCUUAACCUUUCACCCGGGGUUUAAAUUUAACCCUGGUUUCUCUUUCUUGUGUUCAAAAGCAUUUUUUCGCAUAAUUUUCUCAGUUAUUUUAAGAGCUUCCAAUCAUCAACUUGUAGGGAAAAAGAAUGAAAACUGAAAUACUUUUUAAGCUUUUAAAUCUUAAUUCAAAUCUCGCACAGCUAACCCUGGGUUAACUUAACCCUGCUUUGAACAACUCAGCCCUGAUCAUAGACCACAGCUAUGGGAUUGCUUUGUUAUGCUCCAGAAAUACCCAUUGAAACACCAAAUAGACUGGAGAAGGGCAGCCUGUGAGAGGAGAUGCCAUUUUCUGCUUUUGUUUUACACACCAAGAAACAAAAACAGAAAAAGGCAUCUGCUCUCACAGGCUAGGAGAGGGAGGGGGUUGGGGGCGGGGAAGGGGGUGUUAAGGGAGAAACGCCAAACACCAGAAAUAGUUGUUAGAAAAUUUAACUUAAAUCAAAGACGAGAGUUAGUUUGGGCUUGGUGGCUUGUUUGCCUUUUCUGAUCUCUGCUGUUAUUAUUCAUAACACAAACUUUCCUGAAAUAUUUUAGGUGUUUUGGUUUUUCUGUCAGAGUUUGACAGUAAUGCUAUGAAAUGAAUGAAUUAGAAUGGUAAUUUGAUGCAAAUGAAAUAUUUGGACAGUACUGGCAGAGCUAGCUUAGUCGAUAUAGCACUUCACUGAACUGUGGGAGGUUCUUGGUUCAACCCUUGGGACCAGACCAAUACUCAAGGUCUUAAAAUAGCUGAGAAAUGAAGAUACUGCCUUUGCCCUGCAAAUGGCUAGACCUUUGUGUGGCUUGGAUGAUAAUGUAUAAAUGUUGGUGUCAUCUUCAUGCAGCCACAGACAUAAAAAUAGUGUCCUGAAUAAGUACUUUCCUCUACUAAAUGCUGUAACACUCAAAUAAAGUGCAAUGUUUGCUGUUUUAAGAAUAAAGCAAUAAUCUAAUGAGAAGGUCAAUUUGGUAUUGUAUUUAAAUUUGUGCUUCUGUCGAAUGAUUUGUUAUUCUUUAUUGCCUGAUUCACUGAUGAUCCUCAUAGUCUGAUUUUCUUUUUUUUGACGUGUAGAGUCGGAUGACAUCAAGGGCAAUUGAGAUGUCUUCACAACGUCUUGCUAAAUGUCCUGAAAUUUUGCAAAAGGGUAAGAAUGUGCACCUGCCAAAUUUUUUAAGCCACUUAGUUUAUUAGAUUUUUAGAGUGCAAGGGUCUUUUGUAGAGGACCCAGCUGUCACUCCUGAAGAUUUUGGAAGAUGUUCUAAAGUUUAUGAAGACACUCAGCUGGAAGAUUUCCAAGGUCUUAUUUCCCUUUGUAAAUGGAAAUUUCGGAGAAAGUUGAAUCAGUCACCUGAGGUCUUUACUUCUGGCAUUCGUUUGACUUUAUUCAGUGAAAAUAUAUGUGACAUCAGGGUUGUCAGAAAGUUUUGAAGUAGUCAGCUUAGUUGUCAAAAUAAGUAGCCAGUCCAGGAAUAUUUUAUUUAAAAAAUGUCAUCCGUAAAAACAAAAGGCCAAGCAGAGUAGCCAGCAGUUAAUAACCAAGUAGGAGGUGAUUUUCGCCAGCAGUAUUCUACUUUUGACAACCCUGGACAUAUGAGAGUAAAGCUGUUAUUGGUGAAUGGUUUUUCUGCCCAGCUAUUGGGCAUGAGCUGGCAUAAGAUGAAGUUUUGAUCUGAAGUGAGAGACUCAUAUUAAGGACAUGUGAGAGUUAACAGGUCCAAGAAUAAUGUAUUGGUUGUGUACAGUCACUGUACCGAUCUUCUUAGUUUUUCAAUCAAGUAGCUACCAGUGGGCUGUUGCAUGUAGGUCAUCAUGCCCCUGAGGAGAUGCUGGUAUUCUGAUGGGAUGAGCUGCCUUUUUUUUUGGAAGGUUGGUAACAUUAAUUUUUUUUUCUCUUUUAGUUACGUUUUUUAGUUUUGAUGUCAAGGAAUGGUUUGUUGAAAAUGACUUACUUGUGCAACGGUUAAAAGUAAGUAUUAAAGUUUAUUAAUUAUGUAUUAAAGUAGGUAGGUAGGUAGGUAGAUUCUUUAUUUAAAAUUCGGUAAAAUCUUCAGUAAUAAUAGGGUAAAAAUCUAAUUACAAUUAAUAAGACUGAAAACUAUCGACAUACUGUUUUACAAGACUGCCGAGGGAGAGUCCGACGACUCAAAAACAUGUUUGAUUUGCUCUGAAAGUAGACUUUGUUUAGUUUGAUUUACUGAAAUAAGUAUUUCAGGCAUCAUAGAAUAAUAAACAUUGUAUGAUGCUGUUAACUUUUAUUUUUAUUACUACCCUGUAAUGUUUUCUUUUGUAACAAAGGAAGAUGAAUGCAAGAAAACAUUUCUGGAGGUUUUAGAUAACUUCACAUCUCUGUUGGAAAAAGUUCAAGGUAUUUAAUUGCAGAAUAAUAUUUAUUAUUAAGUACAUGUACUAAAAUUUGAAAAGGAUCCACUGCAGUUUUCCGUUUUUAUGUAUGGCUCCUAGCCUCUCGCAGCCUCUUGUUUCCCUGUUGGUGUUGAAUAAUGACUCUUACAUACUCUCAGUCAUGAUUACAUUAAGUCUGGGCUUGUGUUGAAUUCAUGACGGGCACAAAUUCAGUACAACUGAUCCAAAUUAUUGUGUUAACACUGACAAACUUUAUAGCUUCCAUAAUCAAGUGAAUGCACGAAAGAGCACUAUUAUAUCAAUAUAUAUGUGAAUUUUCCUUCCUGGUUUGUUAAUUGGCAGGGUGAGGCGAAGUCUGUGCCCCCCACUGUCGUAAGCGCUCACUUAGAUCUUGUUCUCAGGUGCUUUUAAGUGUUCCAAGAUCUAGAACUGUGACUUACAGUGAUAGGGAAUUUUCCAUUGCUAGACCAAGGCUUUGGAAUGAACUGCCAUUUUCCUUAAGAAAGGCUGCUGAUAUCAAUGCCUUUAAGCAUCAACUGAAACCUAUCUCUUCAAGAAAGUUUACCUUUAAAAUUUGUUUGACCUUAUUUCAUCUGUAACAUUGUCAGAAUUUUUUAAUUUGUUAACGAUAUUUAAUUAGUUUAUAUUUCUAGAGUAUUCAUUGUAAAAAGAUUUUGUAAACAGAUUUUGUAGCAUUGUUUUUUGCAUAAAUUAUGAUUUGUAAAGCAUAUGAACAGUUAGUGAAAUAAUGCUAUAUAAAUAUACUCAUUAUUAGACUUGUGCACGCUAGUCAGUCUGUGAUGGUGCUGCACUGUCUUGUGAGGCUGUGUAGGCCAAUAUGCACAAGUGGCAGUUCCUACUGCACAUGGCGCAGAUGAAGUAGGAGGAGGGUAAAGUAAAGUGCUCGACACUAAUGCUAGUCCACUAGCCCAGGAUUAGUAAAAUUUCACGCUGGGCUAGUACAAAUGUGCUCCAUGCAACUAGCCCCAAGACCAGUUAGGUUAGGGGAAAAAUAUAUCUUCCAGAACUUUUUAACUUGAGAAGUUCUUUUUCUAAAAUGCUUCGUCAAUAGUCAGUUUAAAUGUAAGCCAAAGGACUUGUUAUCCACAUCUUACAAUUGACUCCAGUCGCAGCAGGGAUGCCAUGUUGGAAAUGGAAUUUAUGUCUUUGUUUCGGUGUCACUUAAUAAAAUAGGGGCCUGGGCCUGGGUGGUGGGAGCCACUGUAAGUCUGUCAUCUUGGAAUUUAUUUGCCCACAAUGAAGGAGUUUUUACUUAAAAAAAAGCUACCUUUGAGAAAGCGUUCUUCAAUGGAUUUACCAAAGGGUCACUUACAGCAUAAAGACAAAAGGGAGUGCGAUAAGCGAUCAAGAAGUUUUCAAUUCGAUUCAUAUGGAGGAACUUAUGUGGACUCGAACAGUAGCACUCACGUUGAGAGAUUAGCAAAUCCAAACUCUCCUUUUGUCGCAGAAACAGCAAAUUUAUGUCUGUCGUUUAUGAGUCAUAAACAUUCUGAACCCCUAGUACAGGGUACAAACACUUGUAGAGUUUCAAACCAUCUCAAUUUUUCUUGGACCAGUGGCUUGUCCUCGUGGGCUUGUGAUUUAUCAAACUCACUAGCCCAAUGCCUAGUGUCCAGAAACAUUAGUGUCAAGCACUGAAGUAGAGCUGUGUGCUUUUCUUCAGCUUUCUUGUGACGUUACAUUUCAUGUCUACUUUCUUGAUUCCUUCUUUCAAUGUCCAUCUCCAGCGGGCACGAUCACUAAUUAUUGCAGGAUCUUCCCAGUUGUUUGGAUCAAUUUUGCAUGCUUUGAGGUCGCAUUUGCAAGCGUCCAUGAACUGCAGGGUAGGGCGCUUGACUUUCCUGACUCCUGUUGUCAAUUGUCUGUAUAAAACUUCCUUGGGGAUACAUCCAUCAUUCCUGUGAUGAACAUGACCGAGCCACCUCAGGCGGCACUGACUGAGGAGGGAGUCCAUACUGGGGAUACCAGUAAAUAUGACAAUUUAAGCUGGCCUGGUAGGGCUGAUUGCACGUACUAUCUUCACAACUGGGGUCAGUCUUAAACAAAACAAAUACCAACUUGGUCGGGAAGAAUCAUUAAGACAGUAGUUUUGUACUCUCAGUCAAACCCUGUCAAUACAGACACUUAGAGGGCCAUAGAAAGCGUUUGUAUUAAAAGGGUGUCCGUAUUAAGUGGGCUGAAUUUACAGAAAAUGUAAGGGCUUUUUUUUUUCUCCAGGGAUAAUCCAAACUGUCCAUAAUAAUCAGGUGUCUGUAUUAAGCGGGUAUCUGUAAAGCGGGGUUGGACUGUACUAUAUUCUGACCCUGAAUAGCCACCGGUAAAGGGCCAUUAAAAUUAACAGAAAUUUACAUGUCUCUAAUGGUUAAUUUUUAACAGGUCUCCCACCAGACUCUUCCUUUAUUUGUUAUGAACUUGCCAUUGCAUAUAACAUCAGUCAUUUGCUGUUACGAGUGGAAUCAAAUGUUGUUGUCGGCGGAUGUAACAAAAGUGCUGUUAUUCUUCACAAAAGUCUCUCCCGAGGUACCUUUAAAUAAAUUAUUGUACUAUGAUCCCAGUUUCUCUUCCUCUUAAUGUUCUCUUUUCCUCCUCCCUUAAUUAUUCUUCCUAGUUCCACCUUUUUUUGCUGUACCAGGGGUUGAUAUUUUUCUUAUUUUCCUUUCUCCCCUCUGCUUACUCGUAUAGUUGUAUCUUCUCCUUCCUGCUCCUCCUUUUACUCAUCUUCCAUUCUUCUUCUCUAUCCUCAUCUUACCUGUUUGUUAAAACCUGUUUUUUUCUUCUCUUCCCAGUGGUAAGUCUUUUUGAGUUCAAAUCCCACCCCUCCUUAUUCGUGUUCCCUCUUAGGCCCAUAGGGAGGGGAGUGCAACGGGUGUGCUUGCACCCCCCCCCCCCCCCGCCACCACCUUCCUACCCACAGGCUUGGCACACUACCGAAAGAUCAUGAUGACCAGUAGACCUAGUGAAUAAUAAUUAUGAAUUUACAACUUUCUUUUUCAUUUUUCUUUUUAAAUACACAUGACAUUGAUAUUGCCAUUCUCAAAAAUUGUAAAAGAAAUACAAAUUAUUACAAAAUAAUAUUAUAGUUAAUGCAGUCUCAGAUAACCCAAUUUCUUCCCUACAUGUGGAUACUUGGGUCCAUUGCCUCAUUGGAUCGCAACCCGGGUAAAAAAACCUGGCUAUGGGCCUGCGUCAUUCUUUUCACACUCUCUUUCACUCUUCGGGAUUAUUUUAUGUUUAAAAAAGUAAUAAUUUUGUUAUUAUUAUUAUUAUUAUGAAAUUAUUAUAAUUAUUAUAUUAAAACUUGUUUUAUGUAAUCUACUCUAUUUCAGCUCUUAAAGCCUUCCAAAUAGUCACUUGUCAACAACGAACAACUGAGGAUGGGUUAGAACUAUUUAGUGCAUCCUGUAUAGAUGACACUUUAAAGCAGUUUCUGCCAUCAUUGUUUAAAGCAUUUAAUGAGCAUAACAUUGGAUGUGCCCCUCUUGUGUUAUGCUGCUGUCUUCUGGCAUUUUUGUGGUUGAUAGAUGAACAGGGUUAGUAUAUAAUAUGAUCCUUAAUUCUCAUUACCUUAAAGUGCCCAUCACCUAAAAUUUUUUAUUUUCUUAUCUGAAACUACACCUAAUUAAAAUAACUUCUGGGAAAAAAUUUUGCGAUUUGAACGAAAGACGAUUUUUUUAGAAUUUUUUAAAAACGUUCAAAUUUGCCGCCAUUUUGACAAAUGUAGACUUCAAAAAUUAGUAAAAAAAUCGCGUUUUGUUCAAGCCGCAAAAUGUUUUCGCAGAAGUUAUUUUAAUUAGGUAUAGUUUCAGAUAAGAAAAUAAAAAAUUUUAGGUGAUGGGCACUUUAAGUUAAGUUAGGCUUGAUUUCCAUGAGUGAUAUAAUAUUCUCACAGCUUCUCUUUUGUCCAGAAGUGUUGUAAGGAAAAAUUUUAUUCCGGUUACUCAUUUCUUUUGAAGAAUUAAAAUUCCACUUUCAAUAAUGUGAAAUGGUACAUAUUUGUGUAAAUUUGUUGUAUACUCUUCACAAAGCCGGCCUGGAUUAAAGUGCAAAACUUGUGUACAAUACAAAACAUUACUUGACAGCUUGAUACAAGUUUGCAACUGUUUAAUUUUUAUCAAAAUUAAGAUCAGAAAAGUGAUGAAUAUCUCGCAAUAUUUUUAAUCCCUCAGUGAACCAAGUAAAGGCUAUGGAACUUCUUCUCUUGAUGCAAAGUCACUUGAAGCAUUUGGCAGACAGUACAACAUGUAACUUCACUGAAGAGGUGAGAAAUGUGUGAGCAGUGAAUGUGCUCCCCCUGUAGUUUUUCUGUGCGAUAGGGAGGGUAGAGUUUUGAGUGUAUUCCGUCAAUAAAUCUGAAGUGUCCUUUGUGGUGAUCUUCUAAUGGAGUAAAUUAAGGGAAAUCAGCAUAAAAGUAACCACUGACUUCUUGAGACAAUCAUGCACUGUCAGGUUUUGCAUAUUUUAAGGUUUUGUACCCAGGUGAGGUGGUUUAAGAACCUUAAUUGACGAAAGUGUUGGGGGUGUUAUUCUAAACCUAAAUCUAAAUCUAUAUAUGGUUUUGUCGGCAACAUCCACAAGGGACAUCACGCCGAUUCUAAAACACUAAAAAUAUACAGGAUGAUAAUACAGUCAAAGCUCUUCUUGUGACCGCUCUAGUAAGCAAACAGCCCUAGUUACGACCACCUUUGUGAAACCCCGUUUGAUCUGUGACAUAGACUUGUAAGCGACUGAUCCCGUAAGCGACCACGACUACUUCAAUUUAGGAUUACCCAACUAUGCUUUUCCUUUGUUUUCAAGCUCUCGUAAGAAACCAGUUAGAGUCUUAUUCAUAUAAAUCAACAUUUUAAUGAAACUGGACACUGCGCAAAUGGUCUAAAAAAUUGGACGUAAAGUUUAGCCGUGUCUAUAUUAGACUGCAAAACAGUCGGUUUUUUUCUCAAAAUCAGUAAAGAAAUCGGUAAAGCGUGGCGUAAGAGUCUUACGCGCGCGAAGUGCGCGAGCCUCACACGCCCGUAGCGUCUCUCCCCAGUCUCUCUCUUUGUUUUCAGCCUCAUUCCAGACCUUUUGUUUGACUGCUCGCGCGUACUUGAAUACGCAAAAAUACGGACUGUUUUGCAGUCUAUGUCUAUAUCAGAUAUAGAGACACUCAUUAAACGUUAAGUUCUUUUGGGUUUUUUUGUGAAUUAUUAAUGAGUUUCUGAAGCUCUUGUAUUAAAGCGACAACCCUCAAUUGUUUUACCACGAAACCCUAACUAACCUUGACUCACUCAAUGAAACUAACACGAACAGAUCUUAGAAAUAACCUUCAAAAUACUCCGCAACAAAAUUCACCGCAUUGCAAUGCUUGUUUAGCUUGUUUCUUUUCUUUUAAGGCAUCGGAAGGGAGCUGUCCUGUUUAUCUGUUUAGUCUAGAAUAUGUUCCAUGCAUCGAUAACUCCAUUGUAACAUCUUCAACUGGAGAUUUAACAGGCAAGGCAGUAUAUAUCAUGGAUAGUAGCCUGCAGUAUAGGCGUUAUUUUGUCGCGUUUUUAGGCAAGCCAGGGCAACCGCGUGACGGUAAACGCGCCACGAAAGGGAGGCGAUUAUAUUAUUUCGCUUUCCGUGUCUAGCGCUCCAUGCCCUCCCCCACCCCCCAACAUCCGCCUCACACUUGCCCUUGCUCGCCUGAAAAGCGAGAAAAAAUAACGCCUGUUCUGCAGGCUAAUAUCAUAGUUAUUUUUAAGGGCACGAAACGUCUGUAAAGUUAACGCGGUAAUAAAUGUUGAUACGAAAAAAGCUAAAUGAGGCCACCAACGGGAAUUAAACUGCAAUAACUACUCCUUAGCCCUUAAAAACAAUUUGUUUACUAUCUAAAUACAUGCAUUGUUUUCUAGUCAAUAAAAGGAGAUUCCAAUUUUUGCGAGUCGCGGUUUAGGUGAAAUGCCGUGACCCGGAAGACCAUACGAAAGUUAGUUCUGCUUCAAACUGAAAGGAGCGUAACCUGAGUAUUAGUCCUUCCAUAACGGCUCAUGAAGAGGAAACUGUAAACGACGGCAUUGCAAGAGAGCUGCCCGGGGAAGGAAGUCUGUCUCCCCUUUUUCUUUUUGUGUAUCCUUUAUUCAAGCCGGCAAACCUUUGUGUUGCAGUUUAUGUUGGAAGCUCUCUGGCCGUGCACAAUUCUCUGCUUUUUGUUCACAAAUUGUGACUGAAUAAAUUAAUGCAAUGUUCCUAUUGGUCAGUAAGUUUAAAAUGAUAGGAAUGCUAUUGAACAUUGUGCAUGGUCAGUUCCAAAAAAAGCUAACAAAAACAAAUAACAAAAAAGUCUGUAGGGCUUCGUAACCAGUCCGCUUUAUUAACUAUGGUUCCGUGAAACCGCAAUGCAUGAUCACUUAGACCUGGUAAAAUGCUGUGCAAGUACGAUUCGCAACGACGAUUUUUUGCCCAAGAAAGUAACUGUAAAAGUUACUGCUGUCUAACGUCGAGAUCGUGUUACAAGUUUAAGCCAGCUUCAAAAAAUUGCAUCACGUAUUCUGCUCAGGCUAUUUCGUAUAACAUACCAGUUGUCAAUUUUCCUCGCCACGCCUUCUCAGAAACCUUUCCGCUGCUUUUGUUGUUCAAAACUCGCCCCGUGUAAUUUUCUUUUGCCAGCGUAUAUUUCUUUGUUAUCAUAUGACCUUUGUUACUGAGUAAUGCUUUAAGCUUAAAAUUGGCUUUUAUCCAGCUUACUUUCACUCUGCGUCCUUGUGAACAAACUACAAAUAGUCUUGAUUGCAUUGUUGCAAAUUCAUCGUUAGUCGUCGAGGUGGAACUAUGGUCGUUCUUACUUUGAAACACUUUGUUGAGCUACUUAACAAACCUUCCGCCGAGGUACAAGUAUUUAUUGCGCCCUUACCAAAAAAUGCGCCUGCCUUGUUGAAGUAUUAAAGAAUCCUGCAACAAUUUUUGUAAGAAAGACAAUUCUGACGAAGACGUUACGUUCCCUUGGCUCCUCCCUGUCUCAAGUCUGCGGAGACAGGGAGGGGCAGGGGCAGGGGCCUCGGGUCUAAGGGUGGACCAAGCAGGGGCAGGGGCGGUGGCUUCGGCAGGGUAUAAAAGCUGAAUCUAGUCGUUGUUUUAUUUUUCAUUCAAAAACAAGCUAAUUCAUCCUCGAUUGAUGCUAAACCCCCUCUUCAAUUGCCCAAGUCCUCGGCAAGUUUAGGUGAUGAGGGGAUGUUUACUACAGCAAAUAUUCUCCAAAUAACAGAUGUCGUCCGUCGAGUUGUAUUCUCGCUGUUUUUGCUAUGUGUUUAUCCAGUAGUUGGGCUAUUUACUCUUCGCGAAACGUGUAACAUUUUCCGCCGUUUUGUGCUGCUUUACCAAAACAACGUAACCUCGUCCCAGGGUUUCUCGGUUGCAGUCCAUUUUUCUGCCAUUAAUGCUGUACUAUUGACGCGUCCUUUCCACAUAUCAGAAACGUCUUUUACAUUUGGUGACUGCUAGCUGGUUAUGAAGAAUUGUCCGUGUGAUUUGAGUCAGUCAGAAACGGAGACAUUUUUUGAAUGGAUAAUAUUAUCAGUUAUUAAUAUUUUGAAUUAUACUUUACCAGAUAAAGCGUACCUGUUGUCAGUGGUGACAAGUUUGUUGGCGUUUUCAUAUUUUGUUAAUAAAGACGAUGAGAAAGUCCUGGAAACUCUUAACGAUACUGCUGAAGAUCAAGAUUGUGCUUUUAAUGACCUGUACCUUAAAGGUUAGAAUCUUUCGUAAGGUCAUGGCUAUUUUUGUAAAUUUAAACCUUUCACAGUUCAUUAUUUCGCUUAUCAAGCUAUUGAACUUAGCGGCAUCAAAUUAUUAGAGGGCCAGAGCAAAAUUAGCUACCUCUGAUGAUGUACGCCCGAUAUAAGUAAUUACGUUUCUGUCUGUUUGGGCUAAUUGAAAAACUGGUCAUGGUAUUCAGGGUGCAGUUUUACAGCCUGCCAUUUAGGCAAGCUGUAGCUAGCAUGUACUAGCCCACAAGUCAUUUCAACUAGCCCCAAAACCUUUUUUGAUUAGCAGGAUUGAUUACAAUCCUUCUGUAGUUUGAAUUUCCCCAAAAAACAGCUCUUGCCCGCCGGGCAAGUUAAGAACAAAAAUCACUAGCCCGAUAGCAAAAUCCACUAGCCACGGGUUAUCGGACACGACUUUCUUUGCACGCUGGUCGUAAAUUACGCCAUCUUAAUUGCAAUAGACCAAAAGAAAAUGUCUCAUCUCAUUAAUAUUUAUUCUUUAUUUGCAGGAUAUGUUUUAUAUUUGCGCAAUGAAGUGGACAGGGCAGUGAAGUUUUUCCAGCGCUGUGCACUCAUGUCACUAAGUCAACAAAAAGCUGCUUCUCUCAUCAUGUUAGGCUGUUGCUGUGCAAUUAAGGUACGUAUUAAAUCUAAUGAAACCUAAGGUUGAAAUGAUUAAUGCACAUAACAUUAAAUACCACAAAUAGUCCUUAAUAUUUCAAUGUAAAUUCGAGAUAUAUAAUCGUAAAAGACUUAAAAGUAUGAGAAUCUAUGGUUCAUCAUAACUAGAAAAUGCUUUGCGAAAAAGAGCAAGUCUUCAUUUAAAAGCAGCGGACAGUUUAUUCCCAAGAAAAGUUUAUUUUUGACGGGUAUAUAGGUUCAGUAUUUAUCGCCUUGUCCUUCUCGUAAACAGUAAAUCUAACCUUUAGUUAUUUCGCGUCACAUUUGUGUAAAUGGCGGCAAAGAAAUUUACAGCGCGAAGCACUUGCGUAGUUAUUUUGCUUACUAAAACUGUGGUAAAGAUGGAACAAAGUCAACAUAGUGACAGUGAUGACAGCUCGUAUAGUUUUUAAAACCGGCUUCACCAAUUUCUCCGCGCUUUCGUGUUCUGAUUAGAUUCUGCUAUAUGCCCAUUGUUUUGUUCUGACGUCGCAUUUUCGUAAGAUCCCCAUUUUAUCUUUGGUGCUCGUUUCCAUUAUUCUUCUGACCUCCCGAGGCCUCUGCUCCUAAGGGGCUUAGGGUGGACCCCACUAAGGACCCCUCAGGCACCGAGGCCGGGUGCACCCUUAGUCCCAGAGGCCGGGGUGGCAAUGUUAACCGAGCUGAUUAAGUGAAUUUUUCAGUAGUGAAAAAUUAAAAAGCCUCUAAAUCUUUUUUUUUUUAUCUUCUAUCUUUUCUUCUAUGGUUGAACCGAUUUUCGUCAGCUAGAAAUUGGAACAAGAUCUCAAGCCAAAAGAAAUAAAGUCGCCAAUCGUAAAUCAAUAAUGCGUUGUUUGCACUUUCUCAUGUGAUCUUUGCCAUGCAGGUUAUGUUUGGUAUACAGGUCCAUAUCUGCACUAACGCAUUGUUGAACAUGAGAACUCGGCUAUCGGUUAUAAACACCUUGCGGAAGCUCAUGGGCAAUUAAAUAACCUCAAAGAGGGCCAGUUUCGCGUUCUGCGACAGUGCCAAAUUAGAUGUGAAUGCCUAAUUUAUGAAAUUUAUGAAACUUUUUUUUAAUAUGAGAAAUAUUUUAGCGCAGUAUUUUUUAUCCAAAUACUUUUUUUAUUAUUAUUAUUAUUAUUAUUAUUAUUAUUAUUAUUAUUAUUUUGCAGUGGACAACUCCUUGAUGAACCCACAUAUUUUGCUUCUUCCCCUCCCCCCCGCCCCUCUACCCUCGAGGUAGCAUCACAGUUUCUUGUCAUUUGCUUUCUCUUCUUCAGAAACUAACCCGUAACCCUAACAGACCUUUGAAGGGUCGUGCUUUGUUAAAUAGGGCGAUAUACAGUUACGGCCAGCUCUCGUCAAAAUUAUGUCAAAUUCAUUUUCAGGGAAAACCUCACACUGCAGUAGCCAAGUUCAGGGAAGCCAUGCAAGAAAAUUUCCAGCAGUUAGAAGCUCUCUUCAAUAUCUGUCUUCAGUAUCGAAAACUGGGGAAUUUUGUAGCUGAAAUACAGUGUUUAAAACUGCUGAAACAGGUAAGAAGGAAAAUGAAGUUGGCCGAUAGGGAAUUUGAUAAUUACUGUAAUGUAAUUACAUGUAAUUUUGAUUUAAUAGUCACGCCAGGUCAAGCGUACCCCCUAGAUUCCAUUAAUGAAUCGAUAAUUUGGCAAAUGAACUCGUUAGUCGUUGCCGCAAAGGAUAUCAAAUUUAAAUCUGCAUUUCUGCAUGCAUAAAAUAUUUAGCAAUCAAUGAAUGAGGCUGAGUAGGAUAUGAAGAAUUAAGCAGAUCGAGGAUCUGGGGGAGUACAUUUCACCUGGCUUGACUGUAAAGAGAGACCCAGCGAAUGUUGCAGUAGAAGUUGGUUCUUCUUGAAACCCCAGCUCCGAAAGAAAGGGAAUCGGUCCUCAUUCGUCAUCUUGAUUUCCAACAGUUGGAAUUCCUAGAAGGGUUUCCUCUUUUUCUCUUUGCUCUCAACGUAGCGUGAAGAAGCGACCGUCUGAGAAUCGCACAACUUCCUUCUUUACCCCUAAAGUAUUUAUAGCCUAUAAAAGUAUUUUUGAUUCCAUGGUAUGAUGUGUAAUGAAAUAAUUAGGCACUUAUAAUAUUUCAUUAGCCUGUUCCCAUAGCCUCCAUUUUCUUUUUAGAAAUCCUCGAGCGCGCAUCUGAAAAUAAAACCCGCGGAGGUUUUAUUUACUGCAAACACAAGUGGGUGGGGGUGCUUCUUGAAAAAAAGGUAAAACGUCUGUAGACAGCAGGCUAUCAGUUUAUUUCUUAUUUGUGUAUUUGUUUGUUUCAUUUUAUUGUUUAGGCCAUUCAAAGUAACAAGGAUGCAGACGCUUGUUACAAUGUAGCUGUAAUUCCCAGUGAUACCAGUGAUGUUCUUGACAACAGCAAGUUAGGUAGGUAGCGUUGUUUACGACGAUAUGAUCAUCGCUUUUUAUGUUUGAUGUGUAAGGGAAAAAGGCAAAAAAUAAUAAUUAUAAUAAAAAAUUUAAAAAAAAAUUCGGCGAGCGGUCCCAGGCUACCUUGUUAGUGAAAAUUUGACCAGAGCACUGCUACGGCGAGUGAUCAUUUUUAAUAACGUACAAAAUUUGGUUAUAAAAAUCCAGAAGAACCCCUUAGAGGUAGUUAUAAAUUAUCAGGAUUAAGUAUGGUUUAGAGUGGAGAAGAUUAGCCGAUAGACUAGAAUUGACGAACUUGAAAAAUUGAGGCUCUCUUAAUGAAGCGAAUCCAGCGAGAACUUGUUUUUAAAUUUCGCACUGGAGACCUUGUGUGUGAAAAGUAUUAGAAUCGGUGAUGAAAAGACAGCAUCAGGUUGAUUUUCUUGUCACUAUUUAUUAGCACGGUACAAGUAAGAUGUGGGACAGUGGUUUUUUGUCUACUAUCUUACCAGCUUACGGCAUUUCUCGUACCGCUUUUAAGCGCAACCGAGUAUAAGCCUCUUACUCACCGCUAUAAGCAGCGUAUAGAGUGUUUUCACUCACGUGGCCAGCAUCUAUGCAAAUUUAUUGAAACAAAAGAAAACGUUUGCAUAAGAAAAGAGUUCAACUCCCACAGGAUUGGUUUAGGACACCAACAUGGCCGCCGUUUCAUUGUUUUGGGACACCAAUAUGGCCGCCGUGACGUCAUGUGAAAACACUCUAUAGCCGAAAUUUUACUGUGUUCUUAUAUUAAGGACAACUAACAAAAGAAACUUCCUCGACCGCAUUCGAACCUACACACCUAAUUGCUCUAUUGCCCCAUUGAUAGUCUUUGUUAUCUCUUUUUUUUCUUUAUUUCUCCUUGAUUAGUUUCAGCACUUGUGCUAAGCUAGAAUCUUGAGACGUUAAUAAAGUUAUUAUUAUUAUAUUCAGAAUUAACCGUUCCUCCAAGAUUCACCCUUGCGAGGGGGAUGCCAAGUACUAGAGUUACAGCAGAACUCGUAACAUACAUGUUGGCAAAGAGAUCUGCAGAAUUAGGCAGGUAUGCUACUUUUAAAGUGCCUUACACUGUAUUAUUUAGAACGUAAGCAGUGAGUGAGCACGCUGUUUUACGUCUCAUACUGGGAAGGGAAUGUCAUUUCCAGGGCCGUAGCAAGGAAAAAAUAAGGACUGAGGCAAUCUCCAUGGUUGAAUUCCCCGCCUAGCUAUUUAGGGUCUUUAUUCGGAUGACUACGUUUAAACAAAACAGUGGGAUCAAACAUGGAAAAAAAAUGACUGAUGCAAGUGCCUCGGUUUUCCUCAUACUGGCUACGGCCCUGAUUUCUACUUGGGUCAUUUAAAGCAGGGCCGGGAUCGUGGGCUCGUACAGCCGUUUGCAGGCAAAGGAAUUAUUUUCUUGUUCAGUUAUCUGAGUAUAAGUCGGUGUGUGUUCCAAAUUUUCAGUUAUUUUGAAAAUGGAACAAUGAAAUGACAAUUAAUGAAGCGAAAUUGACAGGUUUGUGAGCUAGGAACUGUGAUGCUAAUAAACAGGUUUUGAUUCUAAAAUUUGCCUUCGUGCCCGACAAGUUACCGGGACUUUCGAGAAACGUGGCCAGUUGACCAGUGGUGUUUCGUGAACAACUGAGUUCAGUUAAUAAUGGAGUAGUAGAAUAAAAGUUGUUUUUGUUGGCGUUUUGACCGUAGACUACGAGUAGUCCCAAUUUUCCCUCAGGGAUAGCAGAGAGAGCGAAACGCGAGCGCGCGUGAAAAUCACCCCACGCGAGAAAAGGCGACACGCCGCGUGUCGCCUUUUCUCGCGUGGGGUGAUUUUCACGCGCGCUCGCGUUUCGCUUGCUCUACUAUCCCUGAGGAAAAAUGGGAGACUACUCGUAGUCUAUUUUGACCGCUAGCCUUUCUCCAACUACCGUUUUCAAGGUGGAUUCUCCCUAAUCUCAAGCUAGCGAUUGAAGGGACCGUAAUGUAGCAAUUUUUUUUCUUCUCAGUAAAAACAAUUUCGUUUAAAGCUGUCGACGCAUUUCCAUGAAUCUAUUUUACGGUAUUUUUGCGGUAUUUUUUUACAUUUUGAAAGCAAAAGAUCGAAGAAAAGAUGACUUAGGUUCCAAAGAAACUGUGUUGUGUCAAUGGAGGAGUAAAAACGAAAAACUUGAUUUUAUAAAAAGAUUCAGAAGCGGACACUUCGAGCGCUUGCCAUUCGUUAGAGGGAAUUAAGGGAUUAUGGGUUGUGUGUGUGUGUUCAUGUUCCCAUCAAUGACGGAGCUCCACCAUUCGUUAUAUAAACCGCACACAACCGGUAAUUCCUUGAUUCGCUCUGACAAACGGGUACCACUCUAUGCGUCAGCUCUUCAAUCUUUUUACGGUAGCGUCAAUUCAGUUGAUAAAACCAACUUUUUUGCCCGACCAAAGCAGUUUUAUUAAUAAGUAGGGUGAUGACAACACUUCUACAGUCAGCUUAAAUGUCGUUGUCUAGGUUUGAUGAAGCAGCAAAGAGUUUUCUUGAGUUACUGGCUGAUGUUGUGGACAUGCGCAGUUCUGCCAGUUCGGUAGGUGUCUACUGUGAUUUUCAUUUGUUUGCACUAAUCCCUACAAAACCAUCAUUUCAUCCAUCACUUUCGACAGAAAAUCUAUCACGUAGCAGAGGACGUGAUAUCAAGGGGCGUUCGACUGACCUUAUUCUGGAAAAGGAAUUAACAGAAUAAUUCCGAAUACCAGUUUGAUUGUCCCGCUGUUUCAAAUAUGAAAUAAGGGAAAUGUACAUUCUUAUCCUCCAGCUUCCUGGAUAAGAAGGCGUGAAAUAAAAUGGAAUAAUGACGUCAUUUUCCAAGCGUCGCGGCUGGAUUUAUCGACAACGAAGAAAAUGUCGGCCCCGUCGCUGAUUGUAAACAAGCAAGGUGACGCAACCCGCUGAAAAGAUCACCACGAGAGUAGACGGCGAUUCCCGUCCAAUUUUGCUCCAAAUUCUCUUCUCAAAAAAAAAGAAACAAAAACAAUAUUCUUGAUAAACAACUUUGAAAGUCGACGACUUUUCUGACAACAGGAAAAAUGUCAUGCACCCUAAAUUAAGUUACCAAGUCUUUGAAAAUCAACGAGAAAAAUAUGCCUAUAUCGUAUAAAAUUUCGCAUUUGAAUCGUGUGUCUUGUGUAUCAAUAUGUUUUAUUGCGCCUGAUUUCAUAGCCUGUUCCAGGCGUUCAGAUAGUGGAGCGCCGAUGAAAAACGGAGCGUAGAAAAAAAACGCAAAUAUCGCCCCCCUGCUUUACGUGGUUGACUUGUUUAGAUUCCCGAGUUUUUCGGGGUCGAAAGCGAGCCUACCACGCAAAUAUCAGCGGCGCAAACGACUUUGUAAAUCUUAAGAUACACCGAUUCUAUACCUACGGGUACGGGUAGGAGAACGUGUUUACCACGCAGUUAUACAAAAGGCGACCAUGAUUUCCCAGAUGUGAUAAUGGCAUCACCGUUCUACCCGGUAGCCUACCCGUUUCUCCGGGGUAAGACGACAUCUACGCGUACGGGUAAUUUACCCGUGGCCGUACACCGAAACGGUGGAUCUUAAGGUCUCUAAUGCUAGACGUUCACGCCGGAAAGAAUGUCUACUGGCAGACUAGUAUGGACCCGUCCACACAAAACCGUGGGUAUUUUUGAAACAGUAUAUUUUUUACACGAAUAAGCCUUAUGUCCACAAUUCAAGACACCAUGCAGUGAAUCCGCUCAUUGAAAUCGCAUCUUUACCGUUAAGUCGAAUAACGUUUGUUAACCAGAGUUAACUUAAUAGUUAAAAUCAGGGGCAUGACCGCUUGGGACGCCCCAUAGCUACUAAGGUGAGGCUUGACAUCUGUAUUGUAUUCGGUCUUCGAAUCUGACUCAGCUGCAAUCAGUUUCCGUCCUGCUUUUGUAGUCCCGUAGCAUAAACCUGCCCAACCCAUCAGAGUUGUAUCGCCAGUGCGGGACUACCCUACUCAAAGCUGAACGAUACCAAGAUACUGUGACUGUUUGUGAUAAACUGCUGACUACUGCUGAUUCAAUUAAAGCUGAUGGACAAGGUAGGAUAUACUCUGAUGAAACAAAAAGGACUUCUUGUGUUCGUCAUUAUUACCGUGAUCGUCUUCAUUAACAUCGUCUAGCCUGCGAGUAAAAGCUCCCCGGGGCGCUCUAAUGGCGUCACCAGAGUGCCCUGGGAAGUAUGCUCGCAGGCUAUCAUCCUCCUCCUCUUCUUCACAGUCCCCCUCCGUUUCCUUUAUGAAUGGUCAUUAUGGGAACGUUGCAAUAUUGAAAAAGUUUUAUUUAUUAGAUGCAACGAAAGUUAAGUUUAUUUAACGUGGAAAAUAUGCUUGGCUAUGGCAUUUGCGCUAAUAGUUGUUAGGUUUGCCGCGAACUAUCUCGAUUAAUGCUGAAAUGCAGAUUGAUUUGAUAAUGAAUGAGUAUUGAGUAAAUCGACUGAUAGCUAUUAUACUAAACAUUUUUUCCACCUCUAGAACCAUGCGGCUCGCUUUUCUUAAAAUUAAUCACGUGAUUUUGCGCACUUUUGUGGCAUCAAUUCUAAACUUGGAUACUUUGUAACGCAUGUCUUUUCAGCGUGGCCUAUAUAUAAUAAAAAAAUUUGCGUGAGUGGAAUAAAAAGUAAGAUAAUAACACAAUUACUUGUGAAGCUUGGCGCUUCUGUUAUAAUAUGUAGCUGAGAGCUAAUUCUCAAUAUUAAUUAUUGUUCUCUCUGAGGUACUAUCUAUUAAAACCACUAAUAGCUGUCCUGGAAAAGAAAACCUCAUGACUAACAAAAAUAUCAUUCUCCGUUCUUUUCGUAAAAAUACAUUUGAUUCGGUUAGUGCAAUUAGUGUAAAAAGAAGGUAUCAAGUAUAAUUUUAGCAUAUAUCUUCCCCACAGUACUUUUCUUUACGUAUACUGAAGCUCAAGUAUAAACCGAAGAGAUAUCCAAACAUAUUAUAACUGUCAACUGAAUGGAACAAACUGACGCUGCUGUUGGUUUUUUUUUGUGAAAGUUGACGGAGGCAAGCAGUGUGUGAACUCCAGAAGUUCAAAGAAAAGACGACGAUCAGUGGAGGAAGAUGAUUUGACAAACGUCACAGACGAGAAACGAGAGAAAACUGUUGUCUGUGAAAUGUUGAUGUUAAAAUCUGAGGCUUUGAUUCACCUUCAGAAACCGCUUGAAGCACUACGGUCACUGAACAGGUAAUUUGCAAAACAUAAAUGCACAGGAAUGGUAAAUGUAGUUUCCCACGUUGCCUUAUACUGAUCGAUAAAGUUUGGUAGCAGUCUUAAAAUAAUAACUACUUUACGUUAAGGGUUUCGUAUGGGUCAUGGAAAACUUGGAAAAAGUCAUUGAAUUUAAUUGUCGACCAUGAAAAGUCAUAACAUUAUAGUUAUGCAUGAUAGAUUAGGUUAAUAAAAUAAAGACGAGUAAUUAAACAGUGCGAUCGGCAGGCAUAUUUUUGUCUUUUGAAAUAAAUUAUGUUAUAAAUACCUUAACACAAGGAUAGCUAUGAAGAUUUUAGAACGUGACAGCUAUACCUAAAUUCAUGGACAAGUGAAAAAAGUCAUUGAAAGUAAUGGAAUGUGAAGAGCUGUAAAGAGAGAAGUUUGAAUAGAAUGGCGUCAGUAAGCGACAGUGGCAUCAAUUGACAAAAAAAACACAGAACGAACAAAACAAACACGCACAUGUCUUUGCAACCUUAAGGGAAAAUGACCAAAUGUAAGUCUUUUGCGAUGAACCAGUGAUGAGUUUUGUGCCUUUAAUCGUGGUAGGGUAUUAAAAACACUGGAAGAUGUGCAAUCAUCAAGUUACUGCUCUCCUCUUGAUGGCGUGGAGAAAAUUGGAGAGCAGCAGCCAAAAAGGAGAAGAAUCGACUCAGGUUCGUGUCUAACUCCCCAAAAUUAGUAAGUGCGGUCUCACGAUAGUUUUAGCAUCAACAACUAGAACAUGAAAAUUGUUUGUUUUUAGUAAGGUUGAGGAAAAAGAGGGAAGUUGAGCGGAACCCAGUGUGUUGUUUAUGACUGAAAAGUAUUCAAUACUCAUUGGUUAUGGCUUUUUGCCAAAUUGAAGUCCUUGACUUUUUGUUCAGGAAACAUUUUAUACAUCAAAAAGUUACCUGAAUAUCAUUUUUUAGCAUAGUUCACGUUAAUACUUGGGAAUUUUAGGCCAUUUUCAUGUUCCAAGAACUCUCACUUUCGAAACGAGGCUAAGUGCAAAACCUUUCUUGUGAAAAUGAGUUUUAGUUGCACGAAAAUGAAAAGUAGUUUUCGUGUCAUUAGUUUCGCACUUUAUAGCCUCGCUUUGUGAUAGAUGGUUUUCACUCAUUGGGCAGCAUCUAUGCAAAUUUGUGAGAACAAAAGAAAUUGUUUGUAUAAGAAAAGAGUCCAACCCCCUCAGGAUUUGUUUGGAACACCAAUAUGGCCGCCGUUUAAUUGUUUUGGAACUUCAAUUUGGGCACCGUGACGUCAUGUGAAAACGUUCUAUGGAGCCUUUGGGAACUCGGAAAUUGCCUAUUGUCGUGAAGAUGCCACUACCUGUCUGAGCAAUGGUGCAAAAAUCACCUUGGUUUCCUCUUAGAUAUCAAUUGAUUUUCUAUCUCUUCCUCUGUCUAUAAAUCAUUAACAUGUUUUGAUUUACGUUCUGAAAAGAUGACAUCAUGACGAUGACGCAAAACCAGAGUUUUAAACCAAAUAAGCUUUCAAAGAUUAAGGUGAGUAUGCUCAGUUCUCAUUGCCACUUCCUACUACGGAGUGUAAAGGUUUUGAAGAUCAAAUCCUGUCAUAUAUUAAGUGAAAAAUGCUUCUACAUUCAAGUUAUCCCCAAGCAGUACCCUGGAGUGCCACCAUAUGAUGCAAAGUUAACUAACUAGAUUACAACAAAUCAUGCGCUCGGCAAAUAUUUGCCAAAACCCUUACAUUUGGCUGACUACAUUUCUUUUAAGUAGGUAUUUUUGUAUCUGUUCAAUUUACGUGCUCACUUUCUAAAAUGAAGAGGCAAGAUUAAAAGCCAUCUGGCUUCUCUUGUUCCGGACAGUCAAUCACGUAGCUUACAGGCCAGUAGCUUCUCUGCUUUGUGGCGCAUUCUGUAAGCCUUCAUUUCACUUUCCUGAUUGCCGUGAUAUUUGUUUGCAGGCUCGAGCGUAUAACAUGACAGCUGAGAUCUUAGAAGGGCUGGGUCAGACCCAAGAUGCCUUGCAGCAGUUGCAUCUCAGCUUAGAGUGUUUAGCAGGUAAUACUGUACUCGUCUCAGACUUGAUAAUUGUAAAUACUUAUUUUUCUACUGUUUGGAGUUAAUCAUUUGCCCUGGUUAACGUCUUUUUUGUCGAUUUGUGUACAGAGACGAUAGGCAUAAUGUAGCUGCAUGAAAAACAGUCCUCGAAAGUCUGUGUUAAUACUCUUUUUCCUUUGGUUUUGUUCUUUACCAGAUGGGAUCCCAAAUACCAAUUUCUAGGUUAAGUUUUACAGCGCUGGAAGUGUUGUACCGGGAGAUGUACUGUGUCUUCGUAGCGUUUGACAACAUAGUUUUGUUUCCUCCAGAAAACCCUGAAACAGUUUACAAGCACACUCAGUUGCUAUUAAAGCUAGGAUCAACGAAAGAAGCAGUCACCAACUGGCUUCUGUUUAGAGGCAUUCAGCGAUAUCAUAAAGGGGACGUGGAUUCAAUUAGAAGACGUUUAAGGUAAAGAACUGUGUACCAGUGUCAGUAGGUACCUAGCCCUCAGUAGACGAGUUGGUGUCAGUGACACGUAGUUACGACUUUCUGAAAACCCACAUGAGAAAGUAUUCCGCAGCUUUAGUUAAAGGGGUUAAGCUCACGUUGAAGAGAAUAAGGGAAGAUACCCCUCCACUGCGUUCUUCUGACUCAUAAGGAAUUCAUAUCACAGUGUCGGCAGGAAUGAGCAGGACGCGAGAUUUUGUUUUGUUUUAUAAUGUCACCUCUUUGGAUUUAAUAUACAGUUAACACCGUAUACCACCUCCUGGCUUAUUUCGUGACCCGUCAUCCCUAUGUGGCCUAAUAAAAAAUAAAGCUGCUAUAAUCAGUCGAAGCCCUCAUAACGAGUUUAUGUUUAUCUUACACGGACACUGUAGUAAAGACACAGCUCCAUACGGCCGCCUAAAAAACAGUUAGAACUCAUAUAUUAAUUCUGUAUUUCUGCAUUCCGGGACGCGACCAUUCUCAUAAGCGGACACUGUGGAAACAUUCCAGGAAAGCGAUUUUUAUUUUAUUUUGCCUCUAAUCUUCCCUAUGAGUGUAGAACACUCAAGGACCCGCCCUAGGACAACAGUGUCUUGUUUAUUUUUGGCAUGGUUAGUAGGCCUAUAAAACAAAAGGUCAUUUAUUGUGGUGGUACUUUUUCCCUAUUUUUCUUUGAUUCGUUUUCAAUAUUUAUUUAUUCAUUCAUUCACUUUUUUACUUGUUUUUGUUUUACUAUUGAAAUGCCUACGGAUUGCCUACUUUUCUAUAACCGUUUCAAAUAGUCCGCCUGUGUAUUAACUUUUAUCGCUGAGACCGCCAGCGCUUAGCCUCGGUUUUACUGUGGUUCUUAAAUGAACUGACCCUGCGUGGUUGUUCGAGCACUGAAUAGCGCUAUCCACCGGAGAAGCAUCAGGGAAACCAGUUGCGUUACGCACUGAAUAGAGAUUUAUCCAAUGGAUAGUGCAAUCCAAUGUUUGAACAACCAGGGUCUCAAACUGAAAUAACAAUUGGUAUUUUCUAAAGGUCCUCCAUAGUGGAGCUAUUGGACACAGAGGACGUUACUCUGGAACAGGUGCAAGCGGUAGACGAGGUAGUUUUAGAACUGUGCAGUAAGACACCAGAUAUCCCCUUCUACUUCGUCACAAACUAACGUUUUGUUGUUAAGAAAAAAAAAAAAAAAGGAAUGUUUUUUCGAGAGAAGAAAUAUAAGCGAGUAUUUUAAUUAAAUAUUAUGAAUAUUAUGUGACAGAAACAAAGAACAGGAGAGUUAUUCGGU